AUGAAGAUUGCCGAUCACAUCUUCUACGUGACGGGCGGCGCUUCCGGACUGGGAGCAGCGACGGUCCGAGGUCUGCACGCAAAAGGGGCUCACGUAGCGAUCUGGGAUCUGGAUGUGGAGGGCGCGACGCGGUUGAGCGAGGAAUUGGGAGGAGAGAGGACGUUGGUGGGUGAGGUGGAUGUGACGGAGGAGGAGGACGUGCGCCAGGCCAUCCAGGCUGCGGACGACAAGUGGAAAGGCAGCACGGUGGCUGGAUGCGUCAAUUGUGGAGGUGUUGGAAUGGCUGGAAAGAUCAUCGAUGCGGAAGGCGAGCCGUUUAAUCUGGACACGUUCAAAAAAGUCGUCGAUAUCAACCUGGUGGGCACCUUCAACGUUUCUCGUCUGACCGCAGCCCGCAUCGUUCGAGAUUUGCCCAGACCUCUUCAAAAGCCAAACAGCGAGACGCAGGAUAGGGGCGUCAUCAUCAAUACCGCUAGUGCGGCUGCUUUCGAAGGCCAGACGGGUCAGGUAUCUUACUCCGCUAGCAAAGGUGGCGUGGUCGGUAUGAGCAUGCCCAUGGCUAGAGAUUUGGCAUGGUACGGCAUUCGGGUGAUGGCCCUUGCGCCGGCGCUCUUCUCUACGCCAAUGAUGGAACGUCUGCCACAAAGGGCGAAAGAUGCGAUCCUGCGCACUGCAGAGUUUCCGCUUCGCUUUGGACAUCCCGAAGAGUUUGCACACGCCGUCAUCGCGUGCAUCGAAAACUCCAUGUUGAACGGUUCAUUCAUCAGGCUGGAUGGGGCCACGCGGCUGGGCAAGCUGUAG